CGUAAAAGAAUUUAGUAAUAAAAAAUUAAUAAAAUAGUGUCUUAGGUUAGUUGCAGGAUGAUUGCGACAAAGUGUUCCAAAUUAAUUACGUAAUACUAGGCCCCUUAUAAUUUUUUCAUGUUCAAGGAUCUUGUCAAAGGCCCCAAGAGGUUUGUAUUGGAAUUUUAACGUAAGAUCGCGGUAUGCCCAUGCCUAUUACGUGAUAGUAAACCCGGCAUACAAAACAAGAACUAACCACAUUCCAAGAUGGCGUCGCGUCCGGAAUGCAGAAAUCAGGUGUCGGCUGGUUGGUUAGAUUUGAAGAGGAAAAUUUGUUGGCAGGUGGCCUUGUGACAGAAUGAGUGUUUAUAAUUUUGUGUGUGCGGCGUUUUGGUGGUGAUUAUCAUGAAACUAGAAUCGUCGCUUGUGUGGAUAUCAUGGUUGCAGCAUUAGGGAGGCAGACAUGUCACAAAGGGAUCUCUCUGAGGUGGAACCUGAAGGGACAUGUGAGCUCCCAGCUGCCAGUAAGGCUCUGUUUUUGGAUAAGGUGCGACAGUCAAAUGCUGCUUGCCAGAGUGGUGAUUUCGCAACAGCAGUGACUCUUUACACAGAUGCCAUACAGCUGGAUCCAACCAAUCACAUCUUAUACUCAAAUCGAUCAGCAGCACUAGUCAAGAUGGGCCAGUUUGCUCAAGCGCUCCAAGAUGCUAUUCGAGCGAGAGAACUGAACCCCAAGUGGCCAAAGGCAUACUACAGACAAGGUGUUGCACUACAGUGUUUGGGUCGCCAUAGCGAUGCCCUUGCUGCCUUUAGCUCUGGGCUUGCACAGGAUCCAAAGUCAUCUCAACUGUUAGCUGGCCUUGUUGAAGCAUCCAUGAAGUCUCCUCUCAGAGUUACCCUGGAGCCAACAUUCCACCAACUGGAAGUGAUGAAGCUGGACAAAUCUCCAUUUGUGAUCAUCUCCGUGGUUGGACAGGAGCUUCUCGGCGUUGGCCAGUACACUGCAGCUGUGGUUGUGUUGGAAGCUGCUUUGCGUAUUGGGACAUGCAGUCUGAAGUUGCGAGGCUCUGUGUUCUCUGCACUCUCAUCUGCAUACUGGGCGCUCAACUCGCUCGACAAGGCGAUUGGCUACAUGCAGCAAGACCUGUCUGUGGCAAAGACCCUUGGAGAUAUCGCAGGUGAAUGCAGGGCUCACGGGAACCUUGGCUCGGCGUACUUCAGCAAAGGCAGCUACAAAGAAGCGCUGACUUCACAUCGCUACCAGCUGGUGCUGGCCAUGAAGUGCAAGGACACUCAGGCUGCUGCUGCUGCCCUCACCAGUCUAGGUCACGUGUACACUGCAAUAGGAGACUAUCCGAAUGCAUUAGCAUCUCACAAACAAUGUGUGCAGCUAGUCAAACAAAUGGGCGACCGUCUGCAGGAAGCUCGUGAAAUUGGCAACGUUGGGGCCGUGUAUCUGGCAAUGGGCGAGUUCGAAAGUGCUGUGGACUGCCACACACAACACCUUCGGCUGGCUCGAAGAUUAGGAAAUCAGGUGGAAGAGGCGCGAGCCUACAGUAACCUUGGUUCUUCCCACCACUACCGCCGCAACUUUGGCCAGGCGGUUGCUUUUCAUGAGAAUGUGUUGCGCAUAGCUCAAGAACUUGGUGACCGUGCUGUGGAGGCCCGAGCGUAUGCAGGGCUGGGACAUGCUGCGAGGUGUGCAGGUGACUAUGUACAGGCUAAACGAUGGCAUGAGCGACAGCUAGACAUGGCAUUGGCAUCUAGAGACAAAAUGGGAGAAGGUAGGGCAUGCUCUAACCUGGGGAUUGUGUAUCAACUUUUGGGCGAACACGAUGCUGCGCUCAAACUACAUCAAGCUCACCUCAACAUAGCACGAAUGCUGCAAGAUCGAGCUGGCAUGGGUCGAGCAUAUGGCAAUAUUGGAAAUGCCUACAGUGCCAUGGGAUACUAUGAGCAGGCUAUAAAGUAUCACAAGCAAGAGCUGACGAUAUCCAAAGAAGUAAAGGAUCGCAGUUCAGAAGCAUCGACUCACGGCAACUUGGCUGUAGCUUACCAAGCUCUGGGGGCUCAUGAAAUGGCUCUGUUACACUAUCGAGCACAUCUCAAUACUGCAAGGGAACUGAAGGACACUGCUGGGGAGGCUUGCGCUCUGCUCAACCUUGCUAACUGUCUGUCUUCCCGAGCCGAGUUUUCCCAAGCUGUACCUUUCUAUGAAAACUAUCUUAUGCUUUCACAGGAACUUCACGAUAUAGAAGGCGAGUCAAAAGCAUGCCAUUUUCUUGGCUAUGCUCAUUAUUGCCUUGGGAAUUUCCGGGAAGCUGUCCGGUAUUACGAUCAGGACUUGGCUUUGGCAAAGGACUUGCAGGAUAAAAUGAACAUGGGCCGAGCAUAUUGCAACUUGGGUCUGGCCCACUUGGCAUUGGGUAAUUUAGAGACUGCGUUGGAGUGCCAAAAAUAUUUUUUAGCUAUUGCACACAUGGUAAAGCAUCUACCUGGAAAGUUCCGGGCCUUAGGAAACAUAGGGGAUGUACUUAUUAAGAUGGGUGAUGUGGAGGAAGCAGUGAAAAUGUAUCAGCGUCAGCUGUCGUUCGCAAGGCAAAGUCAUGAUCGGGGUAUGGAAGCUGCAGCAUAUGGAGCUUUAGGACUAGGCCACAGACUGUUGCGCUGCUUUGACAAAGCACUUGGCUAUCACACACAGGAACUGACCUUAAGGCAAGAGAGUGGUGACCUGAAAGGGGAAUGCCGGGCACAUGGCCACUUGGGAGCUGUUCACAUGUCGCUCGGCAACUACACCAACGCCAUGAAGUGCUACCAGGAGCAAUUAGAGCGUGCCAAGGAGCUGAAAGACAAUGCGGUGGAGGCACAAGCAUUUGGUAAUUUGGGGAUAGCGCGACUUAACAUGGCCCAUUAUGAAGAUGCCAUUGGUUACUUUGAGCAACAGCUGGCCACUUUGGAACAGCUGUCCACAUCUACUGCAACUUUGGACAAGGGCAGAGCUUUUGGCAACCUAGGCGAUUGCUACGAUGCUUUGGGUGACUAUGAAGAGGCUGCAAAAUGUCAUGAGCAGCAUUUAGCCAUUGCUCUAAAACUCAAGAGCUCACGUGAUCAGGAAAGGGCAUACAGAGGAUUGGGACAUUCGCAAAAGUGUCUUGGCAAUUUGCAGCAAGCUUUGGUUUGCUUUGAGAAGAGACUGGUUGUGUCGCAUGAACUCAACAGCCCUGAGGCUAAGGCUUCAGCUUAUGGUGAAUUGGGACAGAUCCAUAGUAGCCUUGGCAACUUUGAGCAAGCUAUAUCCUGCUUGGAGCAUCAACUUUCUAUAGCAAGGGAACUGAAAGACAAAGUUGCCGAGGCGGAUGCUGCCUGUGGCCUGGGUGCAGUGUACCAGUUGAUGGGCGAGUACACCACGGCUCUGCGCUACCAUCAGGCCGACCUGGACACGGCAGAAGAGCUCGGCUUGGCAGCCUUGCAGGGGAGAGCCUGUGGGAAUCUGGGCACGGUUCAUGAAUCCCUGGGGAACUUCGAGGAAGCCGUCAAGUAUCAGGAACAGCAUCUGUCUGUAGCAGCCCAAACCAACGACAAAUAUGCAAAAACAAUGGCAUAUAGCAGUUUGGGACGUAUUCACCACACACUUGGAAACACAUCUCAAGCAGUGGCGUACUUGCAACAAGGCCUGCAGAUAGCUGAGAACCUGGGUAGACGUGAAGAAGAAGCUAGAAUAAGGCACAGGCUAGGUUUGGCACUCUGGGGUCAUGGAGAUCUGGAAGGCUCACAGUGCCAAUUGGAGCGAGCGGCACAGCUGUUAGAGUCUGUGCGCAAAGAAGUGCGUGGCUCGAGUGAUCACAAAUCAUCUUUGUUUGAUCUUCAGACUGCUUCGUAUCAAGCAUUAAAAAAAGUGUUGGUGAGCCUGGGUAGACAAGAAGAAGCAUUACUAGUUGCGGAGCGUUGUCGCACAAGAGCAUUUGUAGAUCUCCUUUUGGAACGUCAGAACUGUGGACAGAGAGGAAAUCUUAGGGUGGAAGACUUCAUCCCGUCAUCUCUGGAGCAACUGAUAGAAAAUGUUAACAGACAGAAAGCUUGUGUUCUUUACUACAGCCUUGCUGCUGGAUGCCUCUAUGCCUGGUGUAUCGUUCCUUCUAAAGGAGUGGUGAGAUUCCGUGAAGUGUCCAUAACUGAACUGGAAGCUGACUAUGAACAGGAAGGAAACAACGAAGAUUUCAUUGCAGGAACAAAGUCUCUGUUGGAAAGUUACGUACAAAGUGUUAGAGUCAGUUUAGGAGUGGAAAUGCAAACAUCGUGUUCCAGGGGACGAAGUGGAGUUGGUGAAGCAGACACUGAGGCAUCGGACAUGUGGUCUCAACAUAUUGAGGAGCUUGGCGACAGACUGAACCAAGAUUGCGACCAUACCGGAUUCAUGCGCAUGGUGAAUCGCAACCACCUGUACAACUCGAGCAAUUAUAGCCUCAGUAGUUUGUUCAGUCUUGGGAGCGUAGGAGGAAGCAUUGCUAGUGGCUCAGCGAGUCGUCCUGGAAGUAUUCGUUCAAGGCGACUACCUCAUCAAACCUGGCAAGGACCUUCAUGUCUUGGAUCACUUUAUCACCUUCUCAUAGCUCCAUUUGAAGAAUUUUUGCCAGCAACUUGUGCAAAAGGUUCAAGUGCAGCUCCUCAUGGGAAAAACUGUGGCAGCAGAAGAGAACUACUUCUUGUCCUUGAAGGGGAACUUUACCUCAUUCCGUUUCCCGUGCUGAAAGCAAAUGGCACAGUUGGUGAAUCUUCCGAGUACCUGUGUGAGCGGUUUAGUUUGUUGGUGGUGCCUUCACUCACAUACUUACGCUCCAAUCAGCGAGUUGUACAUGCUGCAGGAAAAACGGCAAGUGCGACCACGGUGGCAGGUGCUGACAAAUUUUCCACUUCAACAUCAGGCAGUGGCAGUAUGUGUGCACUGGUGGUGGGCAAUCCUCGACUCCCAUGCUCUGUCACUGAGCAGUGGGGGUGGUGCGAUAUACCUUCCGCUGAACAAGAAGCAUCUAUGGUUGCUGAAAUGCUACAAGCAAAAGCCUUGGUUGGAUCCCAGGCGACUAAGGAAACAAUACUGCAGCAAAUUAGUGAAGCAGAAUGUGUGCACCUGGCAACCCAUGUGUCGUGGAAACUCUCAGCUAUUGUGUUUUCUUCUGGAGAUGUGGUAGACUCUCAGCACCCUAAAAGAUUCUUUGCCAAUUCCGACCAUGCCCAUGACCAAGGCGACGAGGAGAGCUCAGAGAUAUCUUCUACCCUGGAAAUGCCAACAUUAUCAGAGUUGCUACUGACUACUGGGGAUCUGUUGAACGUGGAGAUAUCUGCUCGCCUGGUGGUUAUAAGCUCCAGCCACACUCACGACCAGCACGGCUGGGCUACUGUUGAUGGGAUCAUUGAGCUGACAAGAGCCUUUCUUGCAGCAGGAGCACAGUGUGUGCUGGUCUCCCUGUGGCCAGUGCCCGAAACUGCCACCAAAAUAUUGUUGAGGACAUUCUACUCAGCGCUGUUGCAGGGUGUUCGAGUGAGUAGAGCGUUGGCAGAAGCAAUGCUGACCGUGCAACACACCAAGCACUUUGCUCAUCCGGCCAACUGGGCAGGGUUCAUGUUGAUUGGAGCUGACGUGCGCCUGUCCAACAAGGUGGCCCUCAUGGGGCAGGCACUGUGCGAACUGCUGAAAACUCCAGAGAAAUGUCGUGACGCCUUGAGAGUCACCUUGCAUUUGGUCGAGAAGUCUUUACAGCGAAUUCACCGUGGUCAGAAAAAUGCUAUGUACACUACUCAGAAGAGCAUAGAAAAUAAAGUUGGUCAUGUCAGUGGGUGGAAAGAUUUGCUAAUGUCAGUAGGGUUCAGAUUUGAACCUGCGGCUAAUGGCAUUCCAUCCUCUGUGUUCUUUCCUCAGAGUGAUCCUGAUGAACGACUAACACAGUGCAGUGCAAGUUUGCAAGCACUUCUAGGUUUGACAAGCACAACAUUAUAUGCAUUAUCAAAGCUGAUUACAAAUGUGGAAGUGGUUGAUGAUAUCAUUGUUGUAAUUCGACAAGUUAUCAACCAGUUUACGAUGAAAAAUAUUGAAGCAGAGAGUACUGAGGUACCCAUAAGUGUCAAGUUGUGGCGAGUACCAGGCUGCCACGAACUGCUUGCUUCACUAGGGUUUGACCUUAUGGAAGUAGGUCAAGAUGAAGUGACACUGAGGACUGGCAAACAAGCCAAUAGAAGAACAAUUCAGUUUGUUUUACAAGCACUUUUGGCACUGUUUGAUACUCAAGAAGCUCCAAAGAGCUUAAGCCUGGAUUCCUCAAGUUCACUAGAAAGCUUGAGUUCCCUGGAGGGGAAUGAGGAUGGUACAGGAGGACUUCAUUCUAGAUCACCUCCAAUCUUGUCCUCUUCGCAUCCACCGCUGCCGUUCAUAUCUUCUCGACCGGCACCCCCGUUAUUGUUGCCCGGGCACAGGGGCUCUGGAGGUGCAUUUACGAGCUACGUUCGGCGACGUGGCGAGCCAGAUGGCAGAACUGCUUGUGCAUCUGAGAACACGUCGAGCUCUACCCCAGCAAAAGCGAGCUCUGGGAGUGGAGGCAGUGCUUCGGGAGGAAAGGUGUGUACAGUGGUGAGUCGUCCGGGAGGUGGAGGUGAAAGUGAUGCUGCAUUCACUCCCAGUCCACCAGUAGUGCUGCAGCAACAAGACACUUCACCGUGUUUAACUACGUUGACACUUGCUCAUCAGACUCGCAUUCGCAACUUGUACACAUCGGGCUUCAACAACUCACCUGCUGGUGAUGGACCUGCCAUAUCUCAACACCAUGCUGUUUUUCAUCAUCGCCCAGACUCCUCGAGCAGUGCAAGUUCUGCAACUGAUUGGGAAGGAAAUGGACAUGCAACUGUGCUUCGUAGAACUGCAAUAAUACAGUCUCAUGUCAAUCACCCACUACCUCCUCUUCCUCCACCCAGACAGGUUCAUGCACCUCCUAUGGUCGAUUCCCUCCAUCCAGUUCCUCCGUCAUCUUUGUAUGCCCCUGUUAGUAACCUUAAUACUGGGUUUGAAUCUCAUAGCUCAGAUUCAGACUUUGGUGGUCCUGCCGAGUUAGCUUAUAGCACAACUAAAAGACCAGUAUUGAAUUACCAUAAUGUGUCAACGUUAAAAUUAUCAAGUACAAAUAACAGUGCCUCUUUACAGUCAUCAGUGAUGGAUAGAUUGAGUGUUAGAACAGAAAUGUGUACAAUUGGAGCACCUCUUGCAAGAAAAACUAUGAACAUAGACACACUUUUACAAAACAGUGGUGUGAAAGACUCUAAUUCUCGUAUUCAUUAUUUACCCAUGGAAGGAAAUGAAGGUCUUGUUGAAAAUUGUUUGGGUCCAGUAUCUAAAGGAUUCGAAGAAGCCUCCGAAGAUAUUGCUUCUGGCAACUCUAAUUCAUCCUUGGUGUCGGGAGUUCCAAGUAGUGGUGGAAAUAGCAUUCAAGACCAGAUAAUUGCAACUCAGUUACGCCGCUUGAAUAGAGAGCUAACGCCCACCAUUUCAGAUGUUUACCAUGAAAGAAACAUUGGGUUAGGCCUUGCACCUCCACUUUCAAAAUUGUUACUGCCCAGUGGAAGUUCAUCUCAGGGAAGUAACUUGAAAGAUAAUAAGCUCCAUGAAUCUGAUGUAACAACAAAUGAUUCUUUAUUAGUGCCUGGACUUGACACGCUUGGACUCUUGUCGGACGAAGAAUCAUUAACGGGUCAGAAUUCAGAACAUUGUAAAUCUGGCAUUAGUCAGCAUUGGCUUUCAUCUUCGGCAUUACAUCAUUUCCAGCAGAAUGUGCCAGAUCUCUCGGAAAGUGAAGGGAAACCUCUCAGUGGAGGUUCACCAUGCAGUGAGCUAAGUCGUCGAGACGAGGGGGACGGUCGGUCUAUUGCAGACUCACAGUGCAGUGCUGGUAGCUACAAGAAAACCACUAGUACAGUGCAAGAAAAUGGUGCUUUUUUCUUUGGUCAAGAAAUUCUGGUGUCAGACGAUCCUAAAAAUCAGCCUCAGCGAGUUCUUAAUUUUCUAGAAGAAAUGUCUUCCUUAAAUAAUGCAUGUAUUGAUCAAAGUAUUGAAGAAGGUAAAAACAGGGGAAAUUUGUUGAGAGUAAGUGACUCAAAUGUAUCCGUAACUACUUUACCAAGAUUAUUAGGCCUACCAGAACAAUCACUACCAGGCCAAAACAAUAAGACUGCAGGAGGAACAACAACAAAGUUUUCAACAAGUUUUAGUCAUCAGCAAUCAUCUUCACAAUGUUAAAAUUUGUUUUAUUUUCCGAGUUCAUCCUCUUGGCUCUCACUGUUUUACAAAACAAUCUUUUCAUAGUAUUACAAUGUGAUAUUUGUACAAACAUAAAAUCAUGUGAAAUAAAAAGUUUUUGUGUAUAGUGUUUCUGAAAUAUUCAGGAAAAUUGCAUUGUUUACAUGCAUUGUAAAAAUUGAAAAUAUUUUUUGCAUAAAAUUCUGUGCCAAGUGCAUUUCUAAUGUCCUAAAACCACUGUGUACAUUACUUCACAACCAAAUACAAAUUUAAUUCUUUAAAAUAUAUUUUUUGUGUACAAAUCAUUUAUGUCAUAUUGAAUAAAUAAGAGAUUAAAAAUAGAGUAGCUUGUUUAAAGUAUUACUUGUCAUUUAUAUAUAUGUACAUUAUAUUUUUACUUUGUUGGAAAAGUUUCAUAAUUUUAGGUACUGUAAUAAAUUGUGUUGUAUAAAUAAAUGAAUACUUCCCUAGCA